AUGGUCCUGAUGAACGGAAAAGAAGUCGGCCCCAUUGGCUUUGGCCUGAUGGGCUUCACGUGGCGGCCCCAGCCCUGCCCCCAGGAGCAGGCCUUCGAGACCAUGCGCGCCGCCCUACGAAAUGGCUGCACCCUCUGGAACGGCGGCGAGUUCUACGGCCCGCCCUCCUACAACAGCCUCGUCCUGCUGGAGCGCUACCUGGAAAAAUACCCCGACGACGCCGACAAGUUCGUGCUCAACAUCAAGGGCGGCCUCAACCUAACCAACUUCCACCCGGACGGCUCCGAGACGAACACGCGGCGGACCCUGGACGACAGCAUCGCCCAGCUGAACGGGCGCAAGAAGAUCGACCAGUUCGAGUGCGCGCGUCGCGACCAGACGGUGCCCAUGGCGGAAACCUUUGGCGUCAUGAACGAGUACAUCCAGGCCGGCAAGCUCGGGGGCGUUGCGCUGUCGGAAGUCCGCGCCGAGACGAUCCACGAGGCCGUCAAGCACACCAAGAUCCACGCGGUGGAAGUCGAGCUGUCACUAUUCUCCACCGAGCCGCUCGAGAACGGCGUCGCGGCCGCCUGCCACCAGCACGGCAUCCCCCUGGUCGCAUACUCGCCCCUCGGCCGCGGCCUGCUCACCGGCCAGAUCAAGACGCUGGACGACAUCCCGCAGGACUCGAUGCUGCGCCACUACCCGCGCUUCCAGCCGGACACGUUCGGAAUCAACAUCCAGCUCGUGCACAAGGUGGAGGAGCUGGCCGCGAAGAAGGGCUGCACGCCGGCGCAGUUCGCGAUCAACUGGGUGCGGUCGCUGUCAAGGAAACCUGGGAUGCCGACGAUCAUUCCGAUUCCUGGGGCGACGACGGUGGAGCGGGUGGAGGAGAACAGCAAGGUCGUUGAGUUGACGGAUGCGGAGAUGGAUGAGAUUGAUGCGAUCCUGGCCAGGUUUGAGACGGCGGGCGAGAGGUAUCCGGCGGGGAUUCCUACUCAUACAUGA